CUGCAACCAGCAUGAGGACUCUUAAGGAAAAAAUCAUCAUAAUAUCGGUUUUCCUGUCUUUGAUCUGUGCCAUUCAGGUCAAUUCCCUGCCUCUGCCUGAACACUUGAAUGAUUUGAUCCGGCGGACCAAACGAUCCCUGCUGUGGCGUUGGAACAGCAUGAAACCUGUUGGCGCCAGCUGCAGAGAUCACUUAGAAUGCGCUACAAAACACUGCAGACAGUAUUUGUGCAGUUUGUAA